AUGUCGCAAAGAGUAGUAUCUGAAUCUGUAUCUGAUGAGGAUACUGCAGCAGCGGCGGAGGCAGUGGUAGUCUUAAGGAAUUCCCUCCUCGAGAUAGUCGAUAUAGAGAAUUGUCCACCUAAAAGAAAGAAUCGCGAGUUUACUCGGAGCAGGCUUCCAAAAAGCCUUACAGUAAAGGUAAGUCAUCCUAUUCUUAUAAUUAGCCUGAAGAGGAAGACCACUACUGAGACUGGAACUCAAAGGCCUCCAACGGGGGCCUGGACCAACAUCGAAAGAAAGUGCAACUUCUGGAACAGCUCCCUUAAAGAAAAGAAAGAAGAAAUGGAAAGGAGUAUUCCACGUGCAUAA